GGUUAUGACCAUAGAAUAAUAUAUGUUUUUAUAAUGAUAUGUUUUACAAUAUCUGUGGAUAAUGGAAAUAUAGUCUAUAUUUUCUUAUUACCUGUGAUUCUGUUUGAUGUUUAUUAUUUCUCACUCAGUUUUUGACAGUUAAUAAUUCAGAAUUUUGUAGUGUAAAAAAUAAAGAAAUAAUACUAUUUAAGUUGGUAUUCUAACUUAUUAUGCUUCCAUCGACAGGUUAUUUUAAGGGUAUUAUUUGUCCUUUUUAUGACACCGGUCUUUGUGAGAGACCCUACUGUCAUUUUCGUCAUGUUAAAAAAGAUCCUCAAAAUGUUAAUGGUGACGGCAUUGAAAGCGGAGAAAUACUUCAGAAAUUAGUUUCGGCAGCAGUUCAAAAAGUUUUACGACAGAAUGACUCGUCUCUGUUACCCUCCACUUCCCAAAAGACAACGGACGGAGUAUUAGAUAGUAUACAUCAAUUGCCCGUAAAAGCUACAUAUAGUCCAACGCCAAUAUCAGAAUUAAAUAAAAUUAAUAACGAAGUAGAAGCAGAUGAAGCUGUUGAGAAAAAGCGGAGACAUAUUCCCGUACCAUACACUCCACGAAAACCAGCUGCGUUACAAAUUAAAAGACCAAUUGACACAAAUGGUUCUAAAUUAUAUGUCGCCCCCGUUAUUCAGUAUACACCUGGAUCUGAAUCUGCACAGUUAGACCCCUAUACCCCAAAAGGUACUGUAGAAUCAAAUGAAAAAUAUAAACCAGGGACUGAAGCCAAAAUUCAAGAAUACUUACCUAAUGAAACUCACAACACAAACACAUCUUCAAAUAAACAUAACUAUGUUCCAUCAGAUAAAUAUACAACUAAAAGUAAAAUAAUAGAAUAUAAACCUACAAAUGUGACCAAAAGUGUUGAAUUACCUGUAAUUAAAUAUCAACCAACACCUAAGUCAUUAGUUCCAUGUUUUUCAAGUGAUGAAGAAGAACCAGAUCUCAAAAAACAAAAAAUUUCUAAUGACCUGAAUGGCUUUGAUGAUUUAGGACCUGAAUUUGAUAUAUUAGAUCAAAUUUUAGAUGAAGAAAAUACAAAAGAUGAAGCUAAACCAAAAGAAAAACAUAAUGAUUGCAAAGAAAAUAAAAGUGAUAAAAAUAGAGAGAAUGUAAGUAAAUUAAAUACUCAUAAAAAUGACAAAAUAAAGUCAGGUGAAAAAGAUUCAAAACAAAAAGAUUCAAAGCAAUACGACAAACAAGAUAAAAAGUACAAAGAUUCAGACCGUAAAUCAAGUCACAAAAGCUCUCAUUCAGAUAAAAGCAAGGAAAAGAUAAAGAAAGAAGAUAAAUCAAAUAAAAAAUCACAUUCUAGUUCCAAAUCAUCUGAACAUCAUUCAAAAUCUUCAUCAUCCGAUAAGAGAUCAAAACAUUCAAAGAGUUCUUCAAGGCAUAAUGAAAAAAAUAUUAAAUCCUCAAAGGAAAGUAAAGAAGACACAAAAAAGUCAGAAAAACACCACAAAUCUCAUAAAAGAUCCAAAGAAAAUAAAGAUAAUAGUAAAAGAAAGAAAAGGGAAAAAUCUGCUUCUAGAAGUAUAUCAGAAAAUGAUAAUGAUCAUUGUGAUGGCUUGGAGCUAUUAGAAUCUGAAGUAAUGUCUGAGUCAGACGAGGAAACAAUAGCAGAAGAAUGUAAAAGAAUUUUUGAGGAAUAUGUACCGGAAUCAAAACCAAAAAAUGACCAAGAAAAUUGUAAACAAGAAGCACCUGCAGAAAGUGAAGAAUACAUACCAACAAAAAAGAGAAUUUCCAGAACAGUAGAUAAGAAUAUAAAGGUUGUGGCUAGGGCACCAGUUAAACCGGAUUUCAAACUUAAUGCAGCGCAAGUAAUGGCUGAAAGAUUAUCCAAAGUGAAACAAUUUCAUGUGUCUAAAAAUGAACAGGAGCAAAAAAAUAUUCCAGUUAGUAAUAUAAUUUCUAAACCAGAAAGCUCAGUACAAUUCUCAACUCCAACAAGUUCAAAAAUUCGCAUAGCUCAUGUACCAUAUGCAUCAACAUUAUUAACAGCUAAGAAAACAAUGACUAGUAAUAAUGUAACAAAGCCUAUCAGUCAACCUUCUACAAGUUUUACUUCGAUACAAACUGUUAAAAAGGGGGUGCAAAGGGUUGCACAUAUCCCAAAUGACAAGUUUAUAGAUAGACCAGGUGUUUUAGAACCCUUAGGAUCCAAGAUUCCUGCAAACAUACGAUCUACUUAUUUAAACUUAAUGAUAGAUCAAACUCUUAAAAUAUAUUUAUCAUCUGUAGAUGCUUAUGCAAGAGCCCAACAUGAAGAAUUGACAAGCAGUAAAAAAUGCAGUACAGUGCCAAUUUAUAAAAAUUCUGCUGUACUAGCUAUAAGUAGGUUAAAGAAAGAAAUACUGGAAUGCAAUGGUGUUAAGAAAUCAGGAAUGGAUUGUGCUACAUUACAAAAAAUGCCAAAUGCUAUGGAGCAAUCAAACUCUGCGGGAUCAUGGAGUAUUGAAAGUAGAAGUAAAAAAACAUAUGACGACAGAGCACAAUAUACUGGAGCCAAACUUUACAAUAAUAUUAAAAAAUGGAUUCUGACAGAAGAGCAGCUAAGGGAAAAUGGCUUUCCACGUCCCCAUGAAAAUGGUGAAAAGGGCAGGGCAAUUAUAUAUGGACAAAAUAAACAAAAACCUCCAAAAGGCUUUAUCAGAACUUGUUGUAGGUGUAAGAAAGAUUAUACAGUGAAUAAAAAGGGAUUUCCUUCUGUUAAAGAAGAAUGUAUAUAUCAUCCAAAUAAUAAAUAUAGAGUAAGGGGUGAAGUUCGAUAUCAAUGCUGUAGCCAAGAUGGAUCUUCAGAUGGGUGCUGCAUUGCUGAAAGUCAUGUGUAUGAAUAUGUAGAUUUUGAAAAUUUGAAAGGUUAUGUAAAAACUCUUCCUCCAGAAAAAGAGAUGGACGAUUACGGUGUUUAUUCUUUAGAUUGUGAAAUGUGUUAUACAACUCAAGGCUUGGACUUGACUCGAGUGACAGUUAUCAAUUCCUCAUGUAAAGUAAUAUAUGAAACUCUAAUAAAACCACUUCAUCCAAUUAUUGAUUACAACACAAGGUACUCGGGUAUAACAGAAGAGCAAAUGUCUCAUGUUAAAACUACAUUACUUGAAGUGCAAGCUACUUUACUCACAAUGUUUAAUAGUAAAACAAUUUUAAUAGGACAUAGUCUAGAAUCAGAUUUCAAAGCACUUAAAUUAAUUCAUGACACAGUUAUAGAUACAAGUGUAUUAUUUCCACAUAAAAUGGGACCUCCAUACAAAAGGGCCUUAAGAAAUUUAUCUUCUGAAUAUUUAAAAAAAAUAAUUCAAAACUCUGUAGAUGGUCAUGACAGUGCAGAAGAUGCUACUGUUUGUAUGGAGCUUUUACACUUUAAGCUAAAGGAGGACCUUAAAACUAGAUGAUUUUAUUUCAUUUUUUCUUUAAAUUUCUUUGACUUUUAUAAUAUUUUUUUCCCAAGAUAAAAACAGGUUAAUUGAGAUUAAGAUUAAUGGCUUUCUCACAGAUUUGUGAUGAACUGUUAUAUUUAAUUUUUUGUAAAUGGUGAAUCUUUUAUUUGAGAGCACUAUAUUUAAGAAUAUAGUUAUGUAUUCUCAUAUUAAAAUACCUUCAUGUCUAUUUAUUAAAGCAAUAUAUUUAACUUAAUAUUUAAGGGUAUAUUGUAAGAAUAAAUCUUUUAUAAAAUAUUUUUUU